AUGACAUUUGAACAGUUUAAAGUUCCUUUAAAGUUUAUAUAUUCUUGCUUCUUAAAACCAAUUGGAAGCCAUAAUGACCAACGAGGUCGCUUAGAUUCAUUUUAUGAAGACCAAGCAGAAGUUUAUGAUGCUACGCGUGGUCGUCUGUUGCGUGGAAGACUUACAAUGCUAAAACUUACAGCUGAUCAGCUUAGGAAACAAAUAAUAAAUACAUCACGUAAACCAAUUUGGGUUGAUAUCGGUGGUGGAACUGGUUGGAAUAUUGAAAAGAUGAAUGAGUUCUUCCCAAUAGAACAAUUUGAAAAAGUCUAUCUUAUAGAUUUAUGUACACCAUUAUGUAAAAUAGCAGAAUCUAGAUUUAACGCUAAAGGAUGGAAUAAUGUUUAUGUAGUUUGUGAUGAUGCAGCUUCGUUUAAGCUGCCAAAAAUGGAAGACGAUAUUGGAAAAAUUGAUUUGGUGACAAUGUCUUAUUCUUCAGAUUUCUACGUAUCGGGCCGUGUUAUUAGUAGUGAUAUACGAGUUAAACAAGGAUAUUAUUGUAACUGGUUCACAAGAUGGUUUUGGCAAAUUUGGUUCGAAUUCGAUCAUAUCAACUUACACCCAUCUCGUCGUAACUACGUUGAGCACCAGUUUAAUGCAAUAAAGUGUUUUAAUGGACGAAACCACUUCCUAAUUCCUUAUUUAGUCCAGAUCCCUUAUUAUAUUUGGCUAGGUACUAUCAAAACUUCGACUUCUAAUUCAUUCGAAGUUUCAGAACAUCUAGAUUACACUGGUUCAAAACCUACUUUUUAA